AGUAUCUUACUCGUGUUAAGAUGAAGCUCUCGUUCUCUAUCAAGGCAAGGCCUAAGAAUACUCCUAAGCAUCCGAAGCAUAAGCCUGUACCAACGACAGAGCAGAGGACUCGUCUUGUUAGCAUGUCAGCAUCUGGUGUGAUGAAGACAGAUAAAGCACCCGCUCCAGAGCAUAAAGAAUUCAUAAUACCAUGUCUGCAUCGGUUAGAGCCUAAGCAGGGUAAGCAUACUAUACUAAACGCCCCUAUUGAGGCUACUACUAUCAAUCCAGGAGCAAGGUCAACCCCUCCUUCCGAAUCUAAUGAGCCCUCCUCUUCGACAUCUCCCAUCGAACUUGAAGGCGCUGAUUCGGAAGAUGCCCAGGCCAUUCGGGAACUCUUCAGUGAUGCUCGUGCACGGGCAUCUGAUUUGACCAGUGCGGAGGAGUUCGGACAAGCGGUGGAUGCAGUGGAGCCUAUACUAUGCCAAGUCAAUAAACGACGGAAAACGGGAGAAAAUGCAAAUGACUUUGACGAGUCUAAAGACGCUAGGGAAAUCCCGAUAGAAGAGUUUGGUAUGGCUAUGCUUAGGGGGAUGGGUUUUGAUAAGGACAAGCAUGUCCAACAACCUAUCUUCACAGAGCGUCGAGAAGGGCACGUAGGUCUUGGUGCAAAGGUAGUAUUGCCAACUGAUGGUGUUGUCGACCUCUCCAAGGAAGAGGACUCAACUAAGAGUGUCAAUGGCAAUAGUACCGAGAGUGGGAGACGUAGUCACACUAGCGGUACGCCGUGAUCGGUUUUCAAAGCUUCAAC